UUUGGGCAUGUGGCUCUUGUUUUCCCCGCAGUUAAAGACCCCCUUGGCUGUUUCUCUGCCGUCUCCUCCGUGUGGUGAAGGGAAAAGACCAGCCAUGCAGCCAGCACAGCAUCUGGUGUCCUUUGAGGAGGUGGCUGUUUAUUUCUCCAAGGGGGAGUGGAGCCUGCUGAGCCCAGCGCAGAGAGCCCUGUACAAGGAAGUCAUGCUGGAGAAUUUUGGGAACGUGGCCUCUCUGGGACCUGAGAUUGCCAAAACUGACCUCAUUUCUAGGCUGGAAGGAGAAGAAGAGCCGUUUCUCCGGAUCUCUGAUGAAGAGGGGGGAUUGGCAGGAAGCCUGUGGGGGUCAGCGAAUGAAACAUCUGAGCAUCCAGAGAUGGGUAAAGGGGAUAUAUAUUCAGAAGUGAAAGUGAAGGUGGACUAUUGUGAUACAAUGAGGAAAGAAGAGAGAAAACAUUCAUCUAAAGGAAUGAACAAUUCCGGUCUUUUAAGAGGUGAAAAUGGUCUUGAAAUCCCAUUACUUGAAAAAAUGUACAUAGAAGGCAAGAGAAAUGAGGGCACAGCAAGUGGGGAAAAAUUUUCUGAAAACUCAGAUAUUAACAUGUAUUGGAAAAUGUAUAAGAGAAAGAAAAAAUAUAAAUGGCUGCAGUGUGGAGAAAUCUUCUGUCAGAGUGGACAUCUUAAUUCCCAUCCAAGAAUUCACACAGGGGAGAAACCUUAUAAAUGCUUGGAGUGUGGGAAAAGCUUCAGUAAGAGGGGAAACCUUACUGACCAUCAAAGAAUUCAUACAGGGGAGAAACCAUAUAAAUGCAUGGAAUGUGGAGAAAGCUUCAGGAUUGUUACACACCUUCAUUCCCACCAGAGAAUUCACACAGGGGAGAAACCUUAUAAAUGCUUGGAGUGUGGGAAAAGCUUCAGUCAGAGGGGAAACCUUACUCACCAUCAAAGAAUUCACACAGGGGAGAAACCUUAUAAAUGCAUAGAGUGUGGAGAAAGCUUCAGUCAGAGUGGACACCUUAAUUCCCACCAAAGAAUUCACACAGGGGAGAAACCUUAUAAAUGCUUGGAGUGUGAGAAAAGCUUUGGUCGGAGGGAAGCCCUUACUCACCAUCAAAGAAUUCACACAGGGGAGAAACCUUAUAAAUGCAUGAAGUGUGGAGAAAGCUUCAGGAUUAGUACACACCUUCAUUCCCACCAGAGAAUUCACACAGGGGAGAAACCUUAUAAAUGCUUGGAGUGUGGGAAAAGCUUUGGUCGGAGGGAAACCCUUACUCACCAUCAAAGAAUUCACACAGGGGAGAAACCAUUUAAAUGCAUGGAGUGUGGAGAAAGCUUCAGGAUUAGUACACACCUUCAUUCCCACCAGAGAAUUCACACAGCGGAGAAACCUUAUAAAUGCUUGGAAUGUGGAAAAAACUUUGGUCGGAGGGAAACCCUUACUCACCAUCAAAGAAUUCACACAGGGGAGAAACCUUAUAAAUGCAUGGAAUGUGGAGAAAGCUUCAGGAUUAGUACACACCUUCAUUCCCACCAGAGAAUUCACACAGGGGAGAAACCUUAUAAAUGCAUGGAGUGUGGGAAAAGCUUUGGUCGGAGGGAAACCCUUACUCACCAUCAAAGAAUUCACACAGGAGAGAAACCUUAUAAAUGCAUGGUGUGUGGAGAAAGCUUCAGGAUUAGUAGCCAACUUCAUUCCCACCAGAGAAUUCACACAGGGGAGAAACCUUAUAAAUGCAUGGAGUGUGGAAAAAGCUUCAGUCAGAGUGGACCCCUUAAUUCCCACCAAAGAACUCAUACAGGGGAGAAACCUUAUAAAUGCUGGGAGUGUGGGAAAGCCCUCGGUUUGAGGGGAAGCCUUAUUCGCCAUCAAAGAAUUCAUACAGGGGAGAAACCAUAUACCUGCCUGGAAUGUGGCAAAAGCUUCAGCCUGAGUGCAAGCCUAAUAUCCCAUCAAGGUAUCCACACGGGGGAGAAACCAUAUAAAUGCUCAGAGUGUGGAAAGAGUUUUAUUCAAAAGGAGUACCUUUCUUCCCAUCAAAGGAUACAUACUGGAGAGAAACCAUACUCAUGCCCAGAGUGUGGGAAGUCCUUCCGCCAAAACUCAAACCUUACUUCCCAUCAAAGAAUCCACACAGGGGAGAAACCAUAUAACUGCUCUGAAUGUGGAAAGAACUUCAGUAAGAGGUCAAGCCUUACCUGCCAUCAGAAAAUCCACACAGGGUACAAACCAUAUAAAUGUCAAGAGUGUGGAAAGAGCUUCAGCCAGCAGCAAAGCCUUACUUACCGCCAAAGGGUCCAUAAAGGUGAGAAACCUCAUAAAUGCCAAGAGUGUGGGAAAAGCUUCAGGUAGAUACCUUAAUUCCCGUCAAAGAAUUCACAUGGGGGAAACCUUACAAAUGCUUGGAGUGUGGGAAAAGCUUCAGUUGGAGGGGAAACCUUACCCUGCCUGUUUCCCUUAAAUGGGGAGCUUAUGACAUGGCUCUGGGCUCUGCAGGCACAAGUCUAGGAGCCAUCUGCGUAGCUGACAGUUGUGCUGGCAUGAUGCUUCUCCGACUCCCUUGGCCCUUUUGACCCCAGCCCUCAUGACUGUUGUAACAGGUACGGCCAGAAACAUAGGAAAACAGGUGCAGUAUUUCAUCAAGAAAAUCAUAGAGGAUGUGUCUGCAUGCAGUAAUAGAGUUAACUUGUCCUCAUGGCUAGAGAGAGUUGAAUCGCUUUGGAGAGAGGCAAGAGACAAAGUAGUAACACAACUGUAUGGCCGUUUGUACAUCUGAAGAGGGAUCUAGCCCUUAUCCCAGUCACUGGAUGUAACAACACCAGUUUUACCAUCUCAGGUUCAUUCACUUAUUCAUCUUCCAAAGCUCUAUAUUCUAUUAAGGGUCAGCAGUGCCCUUCUACUCUCUUCACUGAACAAACAGGUCAGUUGCUAUGCAAAAGAAUAAAUGGAUGUAAAUCUGAUUCCAGAAAUCACAACACUCAUAACCAGUGGGAGAACAUUUUAAUCUUCCCGGACAUUCCAUUGCUGAUAUAAAAGUGACUGUCAACAAACAGAGGAACUUCAAGGGGAGAUUAGAACAUGAGAUUGCAGAAACUGAGUUUAUUCAGUUUUAAGGACCUGCCCUCCCAGGUCUGAACAGAGACUUGGGAUUCUACAGAGAGCCAGUUUGGUGUAGAGGUGUAGUGGUUAAGAGUGCGGGACUCUAAUCUGGAGAGCUGGGUUUGAUUGCCCACUCCUUCCCUUGAAGCCAGCUGGGUGACCUUGGGUCAGUCACAGCUUCUAGGAGCUCUCUCAGCCCCACCCACCUCACAGGGUGUUGGGGGAUGAUAAUAACAUACUUGGUAAACCGGUCUCAGUGAGCAUUAAGUUGUUCUGAUGUGUGAUAUAUAAAUCGAAUCUUCUUCUUCUUCUUAUUAUUAUUAUAGAUGCUAAUUUCUGCAGGGACUAUUCGCUCUGGGAAGGCUUCUUGCAUACAGAUCCUGAAAAAGAAUUAAAAGGAAUUAAGUCUUUUCGCGAUAUUGAGACUUAUUGAGAAAAUGAUCGAUUUUCAUCUAAUGGACGCUCAGCUGGUUCUUAUGAAGAUAAGUACAGCUAUUUAGGAAAUUUACUAGAGGCUUAUUUUGAAUGUACGUUGAGAUUCUGAGACUCCAUAGAUCUAUAUUUUGUAUUGAUAUUUGUUGUACAUUGGGAUUUCAAGAACAUGUUGUUAUUUAUUGUAUUUUGUGAUUUUAAGACCUUAACAGAGUUAUAUUCUGUAUGGAUAUUUACUGUAUAUACUGUAUGAAUUUACUACAUUCAGGAGAGGAGAUUAUUAUUCACUGUGAGCACUGGGCACUUUAGAAAUUUCAAAAUAUAAAAAAAAACUUUAACAUUUUAAAAGUUAUUAUUUAAAGAUACUAGAUUUUGUAUGUUGGUUUGCCAUGGAAGAUUUACAUCUUUACUUUUGUAAUUCCUGAAAUGGGGAGCAAAUGACAAACAGGUCAAUCCCUAUGCAAAGGACAUUCAGUUGCUGACCUAAAAUUGGCUGUCCUCAAACAGAGGAACUUCAAGAGGAGUUUACAACAUGAGAUUGCAGAUCAAUACACACACACACAGCCUGAACAGAGACUUGGGAUUCUUAUUUCGCUACAGAUGCUAAUUUCUGCUUUAAUCAGCUGCAUUGUAACUUCACAUCCUGAUGCCCUCCCUUGUAACACCCCACCUGCCUUUGGCUGGGAUAUAAAGGCUCGGAGAUCUCCAUUCCUUGUGUCUGAAGAAGGGAGCUCUGACUCUUGAAACCUUACACUCUGAAAACCUGGUUAGUCUUGAAGGUGCUACUGGAAUCCUGCGAACCCAUAUGUGUUGAGGCUCAGACGCAUCGAUUCAUCUGAGAAUACCAAGCAUGUUCAACUUCACUGAAAUGAAGGCAUGAUUUAAAGUGUAUUGGUUAUGGACCCAAAAGUUAUUCAUAUGUAUGAGAAACUAUUUUUAUAUAAACUUUGUUUUUUUUUAAAAAGUAGCAAGAAUGAACAAAUGUUGUAUGCUUUAAAAAGCCAUUUCAAGUACAGAUAACUUUGUAUGAUGUUUGAAGUUAAAAUAAUGAGUUAGCCAAGAAUGUGCGCCCUUAGCAAGUGGGACAGUUAGCAGUUGUUGAGAAAUGGUUCUCAAAUCCUAUCAAUAUGGGAAGUGGAACUGAUCGAGGCUUGUUUCUAUUUGGGCCUCCUUGGUGGUAUCCUACUCAUCUUUUGGGGUAAGAAACUUACUGAUUUAUCGAAUGCUGAGAAUGUUGAAUAAUGAUGUUUGAAUAAAAGCUGAGAAUGGAA